CAAUGUUUUCAUUACCACUGGCGUGACGAUUCCAAAAAUGGAAACCAUUCACCAUUCAGAAUCCUUAUUUGCAUAAAAAUUGAGCGAGAAGACAGAAAAUCUAGUGAACACAAUUAUUUUAUGGUUCGUUGUAACCAUAUCACAAUCGUAGUAAUUGUCGAAGCCGCGAUUCGCGAAGUCAUGAAGUCGUUUUACCAAAUCAUUCUGCUCUUAAUUAAUCUACCAGGACAACUCUUACUUUCUAGUCAUGCCCAGAUCUACCCUAGUGUUGAGGACGAGUUACUUUUCCAAGUUGGUGCAGUGGCUUCUUCUUCGUUUGAAUUAUCAUUGUAUCCCACACCAACGAAGUUGGACAAUCGAGCGACUGCACAAAUACAGAACAAAGUCGAGAAUGUGCUAUUGAGUUCGUCUUCUUCUUCUUCGGAUUUUGAUUCUCUCAAAGGCAUCAAGAUUUCAGUCGAACGCGUGCAAUUUAUCGAAGGGUAUAAACUACAAGAAAGAUCUACAGCUGAGUCUAACAAGAAGGUAUCCUUUAUCAAUGCCUCUAUUUUUCAAUUCAAAGCUAUCACGUAUUUUGAUGUAAAUCAUGAGCCGUAUUCUAAUCCAUCUCAGUUUACAGUGGACAAUCUCAUUGUACGAACCUUCUCUCAGCCUUCAACAAAAUCUAGUUUUAUCGAGCUUGUCGGCCUGACUGGAGAUCCGUUUCUUGUCGAUGUAGAAGGUAUUGGCAUCGAUGUCAAGUCAAACGAACGCGUCCCGACGAAAGACAAGUCUACUCAAUUAUCAAGGGUUGACAUCAUUCUUAUCACUUCAUCUUGCUUCAUACUCAUUGGUGUUGUUUUAGUACUUUUCGCUCAUAGUAAAAAAGAAGGCUAUGAAGAUCUUCAAGAACAGAAAUAUUUCAAAACAAAAAAUAGAUCUAAAGUAACAACUGACAAUGCGAGUCAAGUCGAUGGAACUGAUGAAAAUGAUCCAAUCAAGGCUCAGGAAGGUCAGAUUUCUUUGUCAAGGAUGAUGUCUGUUGAAAAAAAUAUUAUUGAAGCAGGAAGCCUUGAGAGCUCAAUCGAUAGCCAAUCUCAAAUCGCGAUCUCACUUACAAACAAAUCCCCUGAAGUUUCUGUUGCUUCACCAUCACCAUCGCACUUUACUUCCGGUCAAAGCUCUUCAGACAUGAGCUCUUUGGACACAAGCUCUUCGGACUCAAGCUCUUCGGACUCGAGCUCUUGUAGCCCGAGCUCUUCGGCCUUUACAUAUCGUAUGGACGAAUCAAUCUGUGAAUCCAUUCGUGAGCAAAGUGACUCUACUUUAGAUUCGGAACCUAUGGGAAGUGAGGAGAUUAACCACUACUCAAAAGUUCACACAGCGGCUACGAGUGAGCUAGCGUUGAAGCUGCUAAACCUCACUAACACAGCUACGUACGUUUCGAGGAAGAAAUUCGGUUCAGGAUAUUCAUCUUCGGUCUCGGCCCCUACAAUCCUGGAGGAAGCUGCGGGGCAAUACAUGAAUGAGAGUAAAGUGGACGAAAAAUCAAUAAAGUCUGCUCAAUCUGCUGGUUCAAUUGAAUCCGUCGAAUCUGAUACUACACUGAACGCAAGCAACCCAAUUUUCAAAGGGUUGGUUAUGUUCGGAAGCACUCAGGAAUUCCACAACAGUUGGAUGGAGUCAAGGAAGAAAGCCCUCGAAGAUAUUGAAGAGGAGAGUAUUGAUGAUGUAUUUCACGUUGAUGUCCAGCGGAGUGUAAUUUUCAAUGGAGAGACAGAAGCUGCAAAGAGUACGUGGUCGCCUUCGGUUUCUGAAUGGAUGAAGUCAAUACGUGUUUUCAAUUCUGCUUCAGAAAUGCAAUCUUCAGCAUUUAGCAAUGGCAAAGAAAACGAUUCUUUGGAUCUCUCGCUCGAAUCUUCUCUGGCCACAUCGAUAGUUGAACCUUAAAAUUCGCACAUCUAGGUAGUUCCAUCACAACUAUCUAUUCAGUGAUAGGCGAAUAAAUGUAAAGAUUAAUA